AUGGCUACACUUAGACGCCGAUCUGAGCCACAGCCGCCCAGCCAUGAAAGUCCAGCCGAGCGCCAGGAGCUUUUUAACCGCAUAGCACCUGUCUAUGAUAAAAAUUCUCGAAAGGUAGUUCGCAUGUCAAAAAAUAAGCCGAAAAACAGGGCAAAAGAAGGAGACAAGGUGUUGGACGUGUGUUGUGGCAGUGGGGAUUUGAGUUUUCUUUUGUCCCUCAAAGUCGGAAUCAAUGGCAAGGUCACUGCUCUAGAUUUCUCAAAGGAGCUAUUAGAUAUUGCGGCAUCUCGCCAGCGUGAGUGGUCCAAGUCUAAACCGUGCUACAAAAACAUCGAGUGGAUUCAUGGAGAUGCCGUUGCUUUACCAUUCCCCGACUCCAGUUUUGAUGCUGCCACAAUUAGCUAUGGGUUGAGAAAUGUGGUGGAUAGGAAAAAGGCUCUUGAGGAGAUGGUUCGGGUUUUGAAAUCCGGUGCCAAGUUAUCCGUUCUUGACUUCAACAAAAGCACUAAUCGACUGACCUCUAAAAUCCAGGAUUGGAUGAUCGACUAUGUAGUGGUUCCAGUGGCGACUUGGUAUGGGCUUGCAAGCAAGUACAGAUACUUGAAGAAUUCAAUCAAGGAGUACCUCACAGGGAAAGAGUUGGAGAAGUUAGCUUUGGAAGCAGGCUUUUCUGAGGCCAAACACUAUGAGAUUGCUUGUGGAUCCAUGGGGAAUUUGGUCGCCACACGCUAGAAAUUGAUUGUUCCACUUUUAAUGUUUUCU